UAAUUCAACAGCACCUGGCCUGGUCAUGUUACCAAUAGAAUCCUAAAUGCCGUUUCUUUUCGAAUCACAAAGUCCAUACAAUCCCACACCAGUCUGUUCACACAUUUGUCUUUCUCGCGAAUUUUUGUGAAUCUCCAAUACCAUUGCAUCAAUACAUCAUGGCAGCUACCACGACAAACCCGACGUUCAAGGUCGCCAUUGUGCAGAUGAGGCCAAAGCCCCUCGAUGCCGAGUACAAUUUUGCGCAUGCCGCUGGACAAAUCCGGCUAGCAGCAGCCCAGGGAGCGUCGCUGGCUGUCCUCCCGGAAUACCACUUGAUGGACUGGGUCCCGAAAGAACCAUCAUUUGCGUUGGCAUUUGAGGAUGCCCGUCGAUUUCUACAGCGAUACCAAGACUUGGCCGCUGAACUUCACAUCAACAUAUGUACGGGAACAAUCGUCUCGGAGGCGCCAAAACACGCCCCUCCUCAAGGGUCCAGCAAUAGCACUGAAGCUUCCAGAAGAACCCUUCUCAAUACCUCCCAUUUCAUUGACCACAAUGGUCGGGUUCUUGGCAGCUACACUAAAACCAACCUCUGGAUCCCAGAGCGUCAGCACCUGACCUCUUCUGUCGACUACGCGAGACAAACAACAGCUCACGCCAGCUCGUCUAACCCUCACCAAGUAAUCAACACCCCCCUAGGGCCACUUGGCAUCUUAGUCUGCUGGGACCUUGCCUUUCCUGAAGCUUUCCGACAGCUUGUUCUCGCGGGCGCCAAAAUAAUCAUCAUGCCUUCGUACUGGACAGCUUCAGACAUGUCCAAGGAAGGGCUUGCAUAUAACCCAGACUGCGAGAAGAUGUUUGUGCAAUCUACGUUGAUCACUCGAGCAUUCGAAAACACUGCGGCAAUCAUAUACUGCAAUGUUGGCGGACCUGCACAGGAAGGGUUCUUUGGGUGCAGUCAAGUCACGUUGCCUAUCGUAGGGGCGGUGCCCGGAAGCUUUACGGAUAGCGAGGAGGGAAUGCGGGUUUUGGAGGUAGAUAUGCGGACCGUCGAACUCGCGGAGCAGAAUUACGAAAUCCGACAAGACUUGGGAAGGGAGAAUUGGCACUAUGGGUAUACCCAGGGUCGAGAUGGGGUCAAGCGGGCUAGUAACCUAUAGCAAGUCCAUGUAGAUUUGAUGCGAUGUACUACAGACAUGAUGUCAUCAAUAUAAAGACACUUAGAGAACUCAAAAAUGCCUUGUUACUUCAUAUCCUAACUCCUUGACGUCAGUCACUCUUG